CUUGUCGAGACGCCAACGCGACUCGGAGUAACCAGAGCGGGCGCCUUGUCCAAAGCUUGUCUGUUGAUCCUCAUUCUCUCGUUCAUGAUCCCUCCAAGAAACUCAUCCUGACCAGUAAAUCACCGCCGGCUCCCCUAUCAACCUGUAUCCUCGACAAAAAACCCACUCGCUCAAUAUUCACCCCCUCCAACUAUGCGCGCCAAUUAAACCGCGGACCGCUUGAACCACCUUGAUUCAUGCACCCCUUUUCCAUCCUCACCCUUGGGAUCUUUGUUGCGGGCUACAUCACCGCUCGGUGGGAUCUUGUUACCCGCCUGUACGAAUUGGCUAUUUUUGCGUGGGACCACGGUGUUGUGACGAGAACACUCAAAGGAUUUCUAUUUCUUUCUGUCUUUUUCUUCCUCCUGGUCCUGCCAAUCAAUCACCUGGCAUCGAGAGAGGGGAACCUGCAUCCGCGCCACGUGAAUCUCGGAGUCUCCGCGCGAGAACAGCUGCGCCGCCGAGGCUCGUUCUAAGGGUCCGGAGAAGGAUGACAAUAUGCUCAUGAGUGAUGGGCUAUUGCGGGUAUUCUGGCCAUAUGAUCUCCCGCGAUCUUCAUCGCCAGGAGUGAUUGUUGGAUGGCGCAACUCGGAGCUAGAUCUCUUUGUGCUUACGGUGUUGGAAGAUGUCGAGCCACGCAACGUCGACAAUGCGCUUCGCGCAGGUAUUCUUUUUCGAAACAGCCCACAUCCAAUCGUUCGCAUCUUUACCUUGUGCGGCCGAUCACAGAUGCACGUUCUCGGCUCGACGAAUCUGCUGUCCCCUCCGACCUCGUUCAAUCCCUCCCAUCUAUACGUGAACACACAAUCCACCUCCAAGGUUCCUCAAAUAUACUGUCCCCCGGGCACGAAUUUGUCGGUGCAAGUUAUCAUGUAUGAUCGCCCGCAUCCGACUCGCAUGGAGUACAUGUCUUUGCAUCCUAUUUCGCUGGCACUGGGUGAUAAGGUCGCGGCCUUGGAGAAAUUUGGUCCAGUCUCUGAUAAGGUCGAGUCCGAAGAGGAGAGGGAAAAAGCUAGGGGCCGGUUGCUGGUUGAGAAACUCAAGUUUCACACGGUGGUGAAGCAUGCGCCCUCGCAGAAAGAACAGGCACUUCCGUUGAUCAUCAACCAAGUCAAUUGCGCAUAUGAAAUGGCUCAGCUGAUGCAUAAGAAUACUCACCUCAUCGGUAUCCGUGCCAAGCGGAGUAUGAGUGUUGGAGAACGCGUGGUCGAGUCUGCGACGACAUUGUGGGGGUUCAUCGUCCUCUGUCUAGCUCACGUUUUUUGGCAGUGGAUAUGGCCCGUCAUCACUAGGGUCUUCGUUAUAGGGCUUGUGUGUCAUCGAUCUGUCGCGGAGAUUGUUUUGCAGGUCCUUGAAUGGCGGGCGCGGCCGGAUGCUGCUGCGCUGAAAGAUAUCUCUGCGACUGCCCAGCAAGUGGACAUCCGAUUGCAGCAAUUCUGUUACUGGCCUAUUCAGUAUGUCAAACUUCGUCAACGAAAAGACAACUGGGAAAGUGUGACGACCAGCCACCCGGAUUAUAUCCGGUUCUAUAAUAGCUUGUGGCUUGUCGCCAAUGAUGUGAUCAUUGGCAUCGCUCUCGGAUCCUAUAUCAUCGACAACGCGAACUGGGUAGCAUCGCAAAUCAAUACCGUCCUGACGGGCUGGACUGUGGAAGGCCUGCAACGCACCAUCUCUUGGUUGAUGGAUUGGCCUGCUGGUUUGAAGUUGAACAACGAACUCGCGGCAUUCCUUGGUGACUUGUUCUUGUGGGUUAUUGAAAACUGGGCCGCGUGCAUCGCGAAUCUGCAACCAUACCUUCCACAUGUCAUCUACAUUGUGGGUUGCUCCAGUUUCGCCGGCGCCAGCAUGCCCAUCGCCUUAUUCUCCGACCUUCUUUCUAUACUCACCGUCCACAUCUACUCCUUUUACAUUGCCUCUGCUAGAAUCUUCAACUGGCAGCUUACCAUCAUCAUUUCACUUUUCCAUCUUUUCCGUGGAAAGAAGCGCAAUGUCUUGCGCAAUCGGAUAGAUUCAUGCGACUACGACCUCGACCAGCUUUUGCUUGGCACCAUCUUGUUUACCGUCCUUUUCUUCCUUCUCCCUACAGUCAUUGUCUUUUACCUCACCUUUGCCUCGGCUCGAAUGUUGAUCAUCACGAUGAAGGCUGGUUUCGAUACAUGUCUGGCCUUUUUGAAUCACUUCCCGCUCUUUGCGUUGAUGUUGCGUGUGAAAGACUCGAGGCGACUACCCGGUGGCAUCCGAUUCGAACUUCGGGAUGCAUUGACUAAGGGUUCCAUUGAAGCAGAGUCUCCGGCUGUUUCUUACAUUCACCUCGAGUCCAUUCCCCUCCCGCUCCGCGCCAUGUUCGACCAGUACUUCCAACUUGGCCACCGACUGCGCAAACAUUAUCUAGCACCCCGAGUCAUCUUCUGUCUCAUGACGGGCCGCUUCGUCCCGCCCAUCCACCGCCGUAACCUGUACAGUAUGCAAUAUAGCAUGCUGCCGGCACGUCGUGCAGGCAUGGCCGAAGUUUGGUCAAUGUUGACGCAGCCCAAGAAGGGUGGAAGCGGAAGUGGCAGUUCUGGCUCCGUGGGGGGAAUGGGGGCCUUGGGUAAUCCGCUUCCUAAGGUUCCGCCUAAUUUUGGACAGGGGGAUGUUCGUCGACGGGGGCAUCGGUGAUUUCGAGUCUUCAAAAUAAUACCCUAGUAUAUAGAUCGUGUUCGCUUUCGAUUAAUUAAUCAUUUUUGCCUUGAGGCAUUUUGCAUGUCGA